AUGGCCCCUGGUCCCUACAGCCAUCUUCCUCCUCCGCCUCAGCAACAUCAUCAGGCCGCUCCCCAACACCACCAGCAUCCUUCGAGCCAGAUGCCUCAGCUCCCUCCAAUGGGAUACCCGGCACCCGCGCCCUUGCCUUCCAACUCAAACAUGCCGCCCAACGGAAUGCCCCUUCAACAUCACCAGUCGGCUGCCCCCAGCGCAUCCUCGGGCCCGCCAGGCCAGCAAGCCCCUCAGAACGCCGUGCCCGCCCCCAUGUCAAAGACGGAUGAUAUGGGUAGGAAAUACGAGCUCGUCGUGAUGCAGCAACCCCAGCGAGCCCGCAUGUGCGGCUUUGGCGAUAAGGACCGGCGCCCCAUCACCCCUCCGCCUUGUAUCAAGGUCGUCGUAAGAGACGCCAAGACUGGUCAAGAGAUCAACCCCAACGAUAUCGACUCGGCCUUCUACGUGAUCCAGGUGGAUCUGUGGUCCGAGGACGGUACCUCAGAGGUGAACCUUGUGAGGCACUCAUCUAACACGGCCUCAAUAUCGACCACCCAGCCCUUUUCGUACUCGGCCUUACGGGAGGAGGGUCAGGCGCCCGCUCAGCCCAUGCAGGCUUACUCCCAGAUGAUGCCGAGCUACGGCUCCGCGCCCAUGGGCUACGGCCAACAGCAGCCCCCUCCGCCACAGCAGCAUAUGAUGCCGGGCUACGGCAUGACUUCUGGAUCGAGCUACCAACCUGCCUACCAGUCAUCAAACCCCCAGUUUGCCCCCCCGACCCAAUACUUUCCCCAGCAUGCAAACCCGGCGCCUGUGCCCUCGCAGGCCGACAUGGCGUAUGGCGGUCACCGCCAGUCUCUGUCCAUGGCCGCUAGCCAGCCGCAGGGCAUGUUCACUAGAAACCUCAUCGGGAGCACGGCGUCGAGUGCUUUCAAGCUCAAUGACGUGGAAGACCACGUUGGAAUCUGGUUCAUCAUGCAGGAUUUGAGCGUGAGGACUGAGGGUCACUUUAGGCUGCGCUUCUCAUUCGUCAAUGUCGCCAGGCCCCCCGAUCAGCCCUCGGCAGACGGCUCGCUGGUGAACCAAGGGACCGCGCCGAUCCUCGCCUCGACCUUCAGCGACGUCUUCCAGGUCUUCUCGGCCAAGAAGUUUCCCGGUGUUUGCGAGAGCACCCCCUUGAGUAAGUGUUUCGCAACGCAGGGCAUAAAGAUUCCCAUACGCAAGGAGGGUGCUGGCGACGGCAAGAAAGGUGGCGAAGAUGACGAUGACUUUCAGUAG